UUUCCUGCGAUUGAAGCCCCGGAACAGUUGUAGUAAUUUUGCACGAGGAUGCAUUUGCAGAAUUAUAUGUAAUUUUUUAUGUCUCAGAGUCCGUUUCAAGCGUAAUGCAUUGAUUUGUGAAGCUUAGAGAGAGGGAAUUCUCUUUAAGGAGAUCAUGUCAUUUCAUCCGGGACGAGGUGGAGUUGCGCACACAAGCCAAUGCACCAUCCCUAAAGUUGGGGGACCUCGAGGUCGGGGAACCACUGGAACCAGAAUGCCUCAGCAGAACUAUCAGUCUCCAAAUUUUCAACCUCCCCACCCACAGCAGCCGCCACCGUUCUUCCCCUAUGACCAGCAAGUCGCCCCUCCACCUCUGCCUCUGCCACCCCCUCCUCCUCCUCCUCCUAGAUUUCCAAACCCUCCGAGCACGGCUUACGUUCCUCCCAGCUUCAUGCCCUACCCGCCCAGUGUUCCCCAGGCCAGCAAUCUGGACGCACGUCAGAAUGCCAUCCAGCCGUGCCCCACGCGCCCGCGAGCUCCUUUUCCCAGCCCUCCAGUACGCCAAGGGUUCCCUGGGGUGCCUUGCUUUACUCAAACGCCCCCUUUGCCAAAUGCAGCAACCAUGGUCCUGGGUGCCCCCGAUAGGCAAGCUGGUUUCCACCAGAUGAUGCCGUCAGCGCCGACUCAGCCCCCUCCACCCCUCAUUCCGCCCCAGCAGAUGAAUUAUCAGGCUCCAUACCCGAUGGGUUAUUCACAGCAUUACCCACUUCAGCAGUUUGCCGGCAGCUAUCCUCCGACUUCCGGCUACCAGCAGGGUCCCGUCUCCACGGUCCACCAGCAGAAUUCUGCGUCCCACCCGCCCGACCACUUCCACCACAAGCAGCCCUACCCUGCCAAAAAGUCGUCGAGUGGGCGACGCUCGCCGGAGCGAAGCCGUCACCACGAGCACCACCGCCGGGGUCAUGGCGACAGGAGCCACAGUGAGAGGCGCAGGUCGUCGUCCCGUGGAGAGCGCAGGACGAGGAGCCCGGAACGGUGGAGGGUGGAGACCAUUCGCCGCAGGUCCAGUCGCGAAUGGGGGAGAUCUCCUCCUCGGCACAGGGACCGUGAUCACAGCAGGGAGAGGCACAAACAUCGUGAUACCUACAGGUCCCCAUCCUAUGAAAGGCAGCACAGACGAGAGCGGAAAAGGACACGCAGCCGCUCAAGUAGUAGAGAAAAGAAACGACUUCACUGGGAGGGCGAGAGAGACCGAAGAUCUGGGCACAGUUCAAGUAAGGAGAAAUCUCUUCCAACCGCUCGAAGCAAAGAGGCAGAAGAGAUCACCUUUGCUGAAAAAAUUGAGGAAGAGCGAGAGGAGGAAGACUUGCUAAAUACAAAGCCAGUUUGGAUAAGAUGCACACACUCUGAGAAUUACUAUUCCAGCGAUCCCAUGGAUCAGGUGGGAGACUCUACUGUUGUUGGCACAAGUAAACUACGAAAUCUUUAUAAAAAGUUUGAAGAAGAGCUUGGGCAGAGACAGGAGAAGGCCAAAGCCGCUAGACCUGCCUGGGAACCUCCAAAAUCCAAACUGGAUGAAGAACCAGAGGACAGCUCCAGUGACUCGGGCUGUGAUUCCGAUGAUGACAGCAGUGGAAGCAGUACAUGCAGCUCAGAUUCCGAGAUUAUUGAUGUCAUCGAAGAAAUCAAACGUCGAAAAGCACAUCCUGACCGACUGCAUGAGGAGCUCUGGUACAAUGAUCCAGGCCAGAUGAACGAUGGCCCACUGUGUAAAUGUAGUGCCAAGGCUAAGCGAACCGGGAUCAGACAUAGCAUUUACCCUGGUGAAGAGGCAACUGAAGCGUGUCGUCCCAUGACUAAUAAUGCAGGAAAAUUAUUCCACUAUCGAAUUACAGUUUCUCCACCUACUAAUUUCUUGACUGACCGACCAACUGUAAUAGAGUAUGAUGAUCAUGAGUACAUCUUUGAAGGGUUUUCUCUCUUUUCUCACACUCCUCUUAAUAAUAUUCCUUUAUGUAAGGUCAUACGUUUCAAUAUUGACUACACUAUUCAUUUCAUAGAAGAAAUGAUGCCAGAGAAUUUCUGUGUGAAAGGAUUGGAAAUGUUCUCCUCAUUCUUGUACAAGGAUAUUUUGGAACUAUAUGACUGGAAUAUUCUUGGUCCAGUAUUUGAGAAUGGAGCUGCAUCCUGCCCAAGAUUUCAUUUUCUCCCCCGUUUUGUUAGAUCAAUACCUGAUAGUGGGAAAGAAGUACUGUCUAUGCACCAGGUGUUGCUUUACCUGCUGCGCAGCAAUAAACCUCUUGUUCCUGAGGAGGAGAUUGCCAAUAUGCUGCAGUGGGAGGAGCUGGAAUGGCAGAAGUAUGCCGAAGAGUGUAAAGGCAUGAUUGUCACCUACCCUGGCAUGAAGCCCAGCUCUGUUCGUAUUGACCAGUUGGACCGGGAGCAGUUUAACCCUGAGGUCAUCACUUUUCCAAUUAUAGUGCAUUUUGGGAUUCGGCCUGCUCAGCUCAGUUAUGCCGGGGACCCACAGUACCAGAAGCUUUGGAAAAGUUAUGUUAAGUUACGGCAUCUGCUAGCAAAUAGUCCAAAGGUUAAGCAAGCGGAUAAGCAGAAACUGGCUCAGCGAGAGGAAGCCUUGCAGAAAAUCCGACAGAAGAACACCAUGCGGCGUGAGGUGACAGUAGAACUGAGUAGUCAAGGUUUCUGGAGGACUGGUUUGCGUUCUGAUGUCUGCCAGCAUGCCAUGAUGUUGCCGGUAUUGACCCACCAUAUCCGAUACCAUCAGUGCCUCAUGCACUUGGAUAAGCUGAUAGGCUACACGUUUAAAGAACGCUGUUUACUACAGCUUGCAAUGACCCAUCCAAGCCACCAUCUGAAUUUUGGAAUGAAUCCGGACCAUGCGAGAAACUCUUUGUCAAACUGCGGUAUCCGGCAGCCCAAGUAUGGAGACAGGAAGGUUCAUCACAUGUAUAUGAGGAAGAAAGGCAUAAACACCUUAAUAAAUAUCAUGUCACGACUUGGCCAAGAUGAUCCAACUCCUUCAAGGAUUAACCACAAUGAACGACUAGAAUUUUUGGGAGAUGCAGUGGUUGAAUUUUUAACGAGUGUCCAUUUGUACUUUUUAUUCCCGAAUCUGGAGGAAGGUGGGUUAGCUACCUACCGCACUGCAAUUGUGCAGAACCAACACCUUGCUAUGUUGGCCAAGAAGCUGGAAUUGGAUCGUUUUAUGCUGUAUGCCCAUGGACCUGACCUCUGCAGAGAAUCAGAUCUACGUCAUGCCAUGGCUAAUUGUUUUGAGGCCCUAAUAGGUGCCGUGUACUUGGAGGGUGGUCUAGAAGAAGGCAAGAACUUAUUUGGUCGACUGCUGUUCAAUGGCACGGAUCUACGAGAUGUGUGGCUUAAUUAUCCACUUCAUCCUUUGCAACUACAGGAGUCAAAUACAGACAGGCCUUUGAUUGACACGUCUCCUGUUCUGAAAAAACUGACAGAUUUUGAAGAGACAAUUGGAGUGAAUUUUAUCCACAUCCGUCUCCUGGCUCGAGCCUUCACUUUGCGCACUGUUGGAUUUAAUCAUCUAACGCUGGGUCACAAUCAGAGGAUGGAAUUCCUUGGAGACUCUAUAAUGCAAUUGGUAGCUACUGAAUACUUAUUCAUACACUUCCCAGACCACCACGAGGGCCACUUAACGUUGUUGCGAAGUUCCCUGGUCAACAACCGCACACAAGCCAAAGUAGCAGAAGAACUGGGUAUGCAAGACUUUGCUAUCACAAAUGAUAAAACAAAAAGACCUGUAGCACUCCGAACCAAGACCCUCGCUGACCUUUUAGAAUCAUUCAUAGCUGCACUUUACAUUGACCAGGACCUGGACUACGUCCGCACUUUCAUGAAUGUAUGUUUUUUCCCAAGAUUGAAGGAGUUUAUACUGAACCAGGAUUGGAAUGACCCCAAGUCUCAACUACAACAGUGUUGCCUGACCCUCAGAACAGAGGGGAAAGAGCCCGACAUCCCUCUGUACAAGAUUCUUCAGACAGUGGGACCAUCUCAUGCCAGGACAUAUACUGUAGCUGUAUAUUUCAAAGGAGAGAGAAUUGGCUGUGGUACAGGUCCAAGCAUUCAACAAGCAGAAAUGGGAGCUGCCAUGGAUGCAUUAGAAAAAUAUAACUUUCCCCAGAUGGCUCAUCAGAAGCGCUUCAUUGAGCGGAAAUACAGACAGGAGUUGAGAGAAAUGAGGCGGGAAAAAGAACGACAGGAGAAGGAUCCCACUGAGACUGAGGAAAGCAGAAAAUAAACGAGGACAUGAAAACUGUGGCAUAUUUACCUUCUUAAACAACUGCAAUUCCAGCCACAUACGCCUUUGGGGACGUAACCUAUUUUUAAUGUGAAAGUGAAUGAGGAGCUGUGAAAGGCGUGUAACAAGACCAAGAGACAAUAUUCCAUUCUUAGCUAUGUGGUAUGAAACCCAUAGAUCUGCAGAGGAGGCAUUGCAAUGGGCAGGCGGUUUUGUAUUUUUUUGAACAAGUCUCAUUUUAGUUUUAAUUAUUGCCUUUGAACCUUGUACAUUCAUCUUGUAAUUUUAAUUUUCAAAGCAGUUGAAUGUUUUUGUUACUUGUUGCAUUCAUUAGAUUGAUGCAAAAAAAAUUGGUGUAUUUCGUCUGCAACUCAAACUCUAUAAAACCUUGCUACUAAAAUACCUCAUUAUUAACUGAAAGGCACCUUCAUGUGCCACUACAGCUGUGCCCUGAUAAAUGCAUAAUAGUUGGCAAAAGAAUAUUGUGCUUUGGAUCAGGGUCCCUUCAAGCCUUUGAUAAAAUUAUGUCAUGAAUCUAAAUCUUUGCACCAUAUCCUGUUAAAUCAUUCAAUUCCGUUUCGUAUAAACACAGAUUGCCUAAGUAUCACCUUCAUUCUGCACGCUUUACAUUGGUAACACUUUAAGAUGUGCUGCUUCGUGUAAUUAAUAUUUGACUGUUGACUGAGUUUAAUAUGUAUACCAAGAUCAUUAUGUGAUUGAAUCAGAACUUGGUAUUGUUAAGUGUUACAGACCUGGCAUUCAGUGCAUUGUGACUAGGAAGUGGUACGUUACACUGAUGUGUUCUUUAGUAUAAUUAAAUUAAUGCUUGCAAUCAGAGCACACGCAGAUUAUUUCUCUUCAGAAAAUUUAAAACUCAGCAUUCACCAGAUAAAUAAUUUAUUCAAUGUUCAUUGUGACCCUGCAACUUUGUAAA